AAAAAAUCAUUUUAGGUUGGUUGCCGAAAAAAAUCUCAGCCUUUGUUUAACCUACUUGAGCAGCCGCUAGGCAAUACACACAACAUACAGAAGAACGUUUCCUCUUCAUUGUGCUCUUGAUUCUACCAUUCACUCCAAGCUUUCUCCCCUCCAUUGAAGCAACUUCUGAGGGUUGAUAAGAAGCUUGUAAAAAUGGUGCAGUAUAAUCUUAAGAAAAUAACUGUGGUUCCCAAUGGGAAAGAAAUGAUAGACAUUGUUCUAUCUAGAACUCAACGACAAACCCCAACAGUUGUCCACAAAGGUUAUGCAAUUUCUCGGCUUAGGCAGUUUUACAUGCGGAAAGUGAAAUACACACAACAGAAUUUUCAGGAAAAGUUGUCAGCUAUUAUUGACGAGUUCCCUAGGCUUGACGAUAUCCAUCCUUUUUAUGGUGAUCUCCUCCAUGUUCUUUACAACAAGGAUCAUUACAAGCUUGCUCUUGGGCAAGUGAAUACUGCUAGAAAUCUGAUUUCAAAGAUCUCCAAGGAUUAUGUUAAGCUGUUGAAGUAUGGUGAUUCACUGUACAGAUGUAAGUGCCUUAAAGUUGCUGCUCUUGGUCGAAUGUGCACUGUGAUGAAACGAAUCAGCCAAAGUUUGGCUUAUCUUGAGCAAGUUCGGCAACAUAUGGCAAGGUUGCCUUCCAUUGACCCAAACACAAGAACAAUUUUAAUUUGUGGUUACCCAAAUGUGGGGAAGAGUUCGUUCAUGAACAAGAUUACUAGGGCUGAUGUAGAUGUGCAACCGUAUGCAUUUACAACAAAAUCACUCUUUGUGGGUCAUACAGAUUACAAGUAUUUGAGGUAUCAAGUGAUUGAUACCCCUGGGAUUCUGGACCGACCAUUUGAAGAUAGGAAUAUUAUUGAGAUGUGCAGUAUCACUGCUCUUGCACAUCUGCGAGCUGCAGUGCUCUUCUUUUUGGACAUCUCAGGAUCAUGUGGAUAUACUAUUGCCCAGCAAGCUGCCCUCUUCCACAGUAUCAAAUCUCUUUUCAUGAAUAAGCCAUUGAUCAUAGUGUGCAACAAGACAGAUUUGCAGUCAUUUGAUAAUAUACCUGAGGAAGAUAAGAAGCUGGUCAUGGAAAUGAAAGCUGAGGCUCUGAAAACAGUGGUAGGCCAGGGAGGCGAGGCUACUGAAGAGGGAGUUCUUCUAACCAUGAGUACUCUGACUGAAGAAGGGGUUAUUGCAGUGAAGAAUGCGGCCUGUGACAGGCUGUUGGAUCAGAGGGUUGAACUGAAGAUGAAGUCUAAGAAGAUAAAUGACUGCUUGAACCGUUUCCAUGUGGCGGUUCCAAAGCCUCGAGACCAGAAGGAAAGACCACCUUGCAUACCUCCCGGGGCUCUUGAAGCCAAGGCCAAGGAAGCAAUGGAAAAGGCGGAGAAGGAACAAAGAAUAACUGAAAGGCAGUUGGAGGAUGAGAAUGGUGGUGCUGGUGUAUACUCUGCUAGCUUGAAGAAGCAUUAUAUCUUGGCAGAUGAUGAAUGGAAAGAAGAUAUUAUGCCAGAAUUUCUUGAUGGGCACAAUGUUUAUGAUUUUGUUGAUCCUGAUAUCUUGCAUAGACUUGAAGAGUUGGAGAGAGAAGAAGGGCUUCGUCUUGCUGAUGAGGCUGAGGAAGACUUUGAGAUGGAUGGUGAAGAAUUGACAGCAGAAGAGAAAGAGGCACUGGCAGAAAUCAGGAGAAAGAAAAGCUUGCUCAUUCAAGAACACAGGUUAAAAAAGAGCACUGCUGGGAGCAGACCUAUUGUGCCGAGGAAGUUUGACAAGGAUAGGAAGUUUACAACCGAGAGAAUGGGUAGGCAAUUAUCAAAACUAGGCAUCGACCCGUCUGCUGCAAUCGACAGAGCUCGUAGCAAGUCAAGGGGUCGGAAGAGGCAGAGGUCACCAGAUAUGGGAGGAGAUGCCAUGGAUAUGGAUACUGAGCAAUCCAACAAGAAAAUGCGUUCUGCGUCUCAAUCCAGGUCUAGGUCGAGAUCACGACCACCAAUUGGCGAACUUGUACCAGGAGAAGGAUUCAAGGACUCAAUCCAGAAGGGCAAAGCUAUUAAUCUUGCCAAAAAAUCUGCCAAGAAAAGGAACAAGGAUGCUCGUAAGGGAGAAGGAGAUAGAGUCAUUCCUAAUCUCAAACCUAAACAUCUUUUCUCUGGGAAGCGCUCCAUUGGUAAAACUGAUCGGCGUUAGGACUUUUCUGGCUCUUACAAAGUCGUUCCAAAUUUUGUUUAUUACUUGGUUUUCUGUUUUUGUGCUUGACUAUUUUCGUUUGAUUUGAUUUCAAUAUGUAUGACUCUUUUUUGCUGCUGUUAAAUUAUACCCAUUUUAAUCUACUCCUGUUCAUUCAAUCUUCA